AUGCCAUCAAACAGCAGUGUGGCUGGAGCAGCUGUUAUCUUUGUAUUGGGUCUUCACUGGGAUCUUUACUGGAACACGGUGCUCACAGAGGAACACGAACGGCACGGGGAUAUUCUACAGCUGUUCACCCCGGACACCUACCGGAACCUGCCGGAAAAGAUACUGCUGGGCUUUCAUUGGGUGAUGGACUCCAUUCCACUUAUAAAGUAUGUGGUCAAAUCAGACGAUGAUGUGUACCUUCACCUGCCCAGUGUGUUCUCUGUGGUGAGAAAUCUCUCAGUGGACGUUAUGGUUGGUGCUUAUAACCCCCAGUCUAUCGUUUCCCGGAACAUUAAAGACGAGUGGAGUGUGUCUAAGGACUUCUAUCCGCCGGACUAUCUCCCGCCUUACGUUUCUGGCGGAAGUUACCUAAUGUCUGCUCACGUGACCAGACAAAUAUUAAGCUCAGUGUCCAGGUGUCGCCGUCUCCAUAUUGAGGACGUGUUUAUUACAGGUGUUUUGGCGGUAACUUCUGGGCUGGGACAGCUGCCUCAACCAGGAUUCUCCUUCUGGGGGGCCCCUAAAGCUCAGCAGUGUGACAUGAAGGCGGGUAGAGUGAACAGUGUUAACAUGGGAGUUAAACAGACUUAUAAACUACAUGAAGGUGUUUUAGUGAUGGACUUGAAAAGUCACCAGAAUAUAUGCAAACUUUAA